GGUGAAGGACUUUGCAGUGUGUUUAAUUCUCUGCUGGUCCUGAGGGGGUGUGAGGGGUUCCUGUGCCUGGCGCUGCUCUGGAGGGACUCUGGGUGUGGAUGUUUUCCUGGCACAUGGCCUGGGGGAGGACUGGUCACAGUGGAAUUGGGUGGGAGGGUGGAACUUGAACUGGCCAUAGGUGACAGAGAACUGCCUGGUUUGGUAAGUUCUACACAAUCAUCAGUUCCAAAAAGGGGAGGGAGUUCCCACUGAGGUCUGGGUUAGCUGGGUUUGGGAAACUCAAGUGGUGUUGGGCUGGGUUAGUUAACUGUGGUGGUGGGUGUUUGGAGGGGGAUGUAAGAUCCAAAUGCUUUUCCCAGGGUGUGGGGGUGGCUCUCAGUGUCUUCACCUGUUAAAUUCUGACAGCUGCUCACCUUGAAAUGAAGCUCCUGGCCCCACCUGAGUGCACACAGCUGUGCUCCACUUUUCCCCAAAAACCUGUGAUAGGUACCACCCUGGUCCACUUUUUUUAUCCCCCGGAGUGCUGCUGUGGAAGUUGGUUUGUUCCUUUUGAAUUUCAUCACUGAACAUCUGUGGUAAGUGUUGCACUUAAUGGGAAAUUACACAAAAAAAAAAGUUGCUGUUUUCAUAGAAAACAUAGAAAACUUAACACACUGCAAGUUUAGUGUGGGCUUGAGGGUUAUAUCCAUGAUCAGUUAUAUUUAGGAGCUUUUCUCUCUGCUGAGGUAGCAGAAAUAAGUUGUGUAAACAUUUGCUGUCUCUGCCACAAGAGACUUCCCUUAGUUUUGAGUUUUCCUGCAGCUGCCUUUUUGGUUUUGUGCUUUUUGCAGUUUAACCACUUGGCAGGGUGCCCAGAGGGGCUGUGUGAGGGACUGAAAGGCCACGGACAAGAACCCUGAAAGGGCUCUGGGCAACCACCUCGGGGUGCCCCUGGCUGGGCAGGGUGACCUCCAAAUGUCCCUUCCAGCCCCCAAAAUUCCCUGCCCCUCUCUGGGCUGGGUGUCUGUAGCCCUGCUCUGUGUUCAGCCCUGUCUGAAGUCCCUGAGCAGUUCAGAGUCCCACAGGAGAAAAAAUAAACUGACAUUCCUGAAUAAAUUGACAUUCCUGAUCUUCCUACAGGGACAGGAGGCUGCACAGGCCCCUCUGCUCUGGUUUUUGGGUGAGCCAAACUGGGGUUGAACUGUGGCCUCCACUGGGGCUGGAACACUGUUCCAGGAAAUGACUGCAAGGAUUUCUUAAUAAGAAAAAAAUCCCUGCAAUUUAAGUGAAUUAUGUGAAUUAAGGAAAUGUAUAUGAAUCACAAGGAAAUGUGAAUAUGAAUUUGUGUAGCAUGCAGUGUUUACCCCGAAGUUACUAGCAUAAAACAAAGUAAGAUGUCAGGCAAUACAAAUGGUUGAUGCUGUUAAAAUGUAUUUUUUUUAAAUUCAUACAAUAUGGUGGUACCUUGAAAGUCUGCUUUAGAGACAGCUAUUCAUAACUAAAAUAAGAAUUCAAUAUGUUGUAGCCAGAAUCUGUGUGCUGUUGGAAUAAUCUUAAUGCUCCCAUAUUUACAACAGAUUCUGGUAACAUUUUUUAAUCCUGCUGUAAUCUGAGUUUUGUGACUGGCCUUUGAGUUGUGGGUGGGUUUUUUGUUUUUUUUUUCCCUAUUGCUUCAGUUAAUUUCUAGUCUGUUUUCCCUUUUAAAAAAAUCAAACAAAAGCCCAAAAAGCCAAACAAAAAGAAAAAACCAGCCAAGACUUUGGGGUUUCAUCUUCUGUGCUUUAAAAAAAUUACUUACACCUAUAAAAAGAGAAAUUAAAUAACUCAUUAUACCAGGUUUGCAUACAUUUGGGGUUUUCUCCUUUCUGCAACAUAAUCCUAUAGGGAGAGUUAGGGUUAAGGCAGAUGAACAUCGGGAAUGAAUCCCUCAGUAUUUCUGCAGCUUUGUCCCAGGGUGUUUUUUAAGAUCUUUGCCUGCCCAAUUUGGCCGUUUCAAAAGCAGCAGGAAUUCCGGCUGCCUCCAUGGCCACAGGAUGUCACUGUUCCUCCACCAACGGGCUCUUCUCCAUCUGGAUUUCCUAUUUUGCUGCUCUUUGAUUGUCAGCGGAGCAUUCCUACAGGCUGUGAUCCUACAGAAAGGCAUACAUCAAGUAGAAAGAUACUUCCAUUUUAGGAAUAAGAGAGCUGGAUGGUUCCCUCAAAUGCCUGAGGAGAAUAUAGAUUGGAGCCUUUAAAUGUUAUUAUGUGGAUCUUGCAGUUCCAGAAAUAGUAAUGUAGAUUAAUUGAGCUCCCUGGGCUAUCAGACAAGUUCUGAGAAGGGAUUAUAUUUAAGAAUAUUUAUGUUUCAGAUUGGGCACUGGCGGGUGUCUCUAGAGAUACUGAUUUCCAUCUGUAACUAAGAAAUGAAGUUACUCAAAUUCAUCACUUCACUGUGGCUUUUACUUAACAGUUACAUGGAGAAAAAAAAAAAAAAGUCUUGCAAAAACACUUGAUAUUUUCCUGAGUGUGAAAACACACCUGUAAAACAAACUAUUUUUUCUUUUGCUGGCCUACCUGUUGUAUUUGAGAGGAUUUUCAUUCUCCACCCUUGUAUGCUGUUAUUACAGGUUUUCUUCCUCCUGUGAAGAUGAUUUUGAGCUGCUACACCUGAGUAGCCACAGAUCAAUCCUGUAACUAAAUGAUAAGUGACUUCUAUUUGCAGCAUACUGAAAACAGGGUAUCAAUCAUAAGACUGUUAUGUUUUUCAGCAUUUGGUAAAAAUGGGAACUUAGGUGAACACAGAAUAUAUUUCAGGAAAUGUUCUUACAUCUUUUCCAAAUGCCAUCAUCCUCAUGCUUCCUUUUGCUUGAGCAGGUUCCAGUCGUUGCUUUUUCUGCUGUGAAUUACUCCUCUACAAUUAUAGUAAUGAAUCUAUUUGAUAACAUUACUGAAUGAAAAACACUUGACUUGAAAUUUCGCUUGGUAGUUUGACUUCUCUGUUCCCAGAUUUCCACAGGACGUGCCCUUGCUGUCAGGAGAAACUCAGACGCAUUCCACGAGUGAAAUAAGCCAUUGUGAGAUUCCUUCAUGUUCCUCCACAGAAAAGCCUCAAAAAGCAAGAGGAAAAUCCAGGCUGACAGGCAGGUGAAAUUAAAUUUCUGCUUUUCUUCUCCCUGCUCUGUGUCUCUGUGUUCCCCGUGGCUCUGUUUGGCCGUGGUGACCUCUCAGCUGGCAGCGAUUCCUUUCCCAGCAAACUGCACAUUCCCCUCCCUCUGUGCAGGCUAUUAAAAGCAGAUGUGCAGGGAGAGCUCUGUUGUGAUGCACUCCUGUGGGCUGAUUUCAUUCCUUGGCUGCAGUGGUGGGAUGCCUCCCAGGAAAGCUGGAGAAGAAGCCCAGGAGGAUUUAAAACCACAAGUCCGAGCUAAACUCCUGGGCCUGAGGCUCUGUUGGUAUCAAAGUAAAUUAAAUGUAACACAGCUAAAGCAAACUGAGCUAGAUCAGUGCAAGGCUGGAAUGAGGGAGGGAUUGGGGAGAUUAGAUCUGAUCUUACAUUUAUCUCUUCUUUAUAGGCUGUUCUGUGGCUCUUAAUAAAUCAUUAAGAAACCGUCACGGAAAGCAAGAGCAGCUUUGUGUAGUCCCUGGACUACGUUUUGAAACAUGGGAAUCUUGAGAUAUAAGCUUGGAAUCUCCUGCAAAGCUACGGGGAGGAAAAAGGCACCAUGUCAUUUAAUUGGUGUGUUUAUAGGGAGCUCUCACAGCCUGCAUCUGAGCCGAAGCCAUCUGGGGAUGUGUCUGUGGGGUCACAUCAUCCUGCAGUCCUGUGGGAUGAGGAUUGCUCCAGGCUCUCCUUUGCUCGGGGUAGGGUGGGAAGAAGGAAGCCACAGCCAGAGCUCAGUGUGUUGUGCUGUGACACCCCUUCUCCAAGGUUUUUGGGCCACCGGUUCCCCUCACUUCUGGGAUUUCUCCUGGAACGUUGCCCCUGCUCUCAAGGUAUUGAUGGGAAGGGCUCUUCACCACUUUGCUGGUUUAUAGGAUUUCCUAGCCGAGCUCUAGGUGACAUGAACAGCUUUGUAAACGUUCCCAGUUCUGCUGGGAAGCCCUGGAGCAGCAUUCCUUGGGGAAAGGCAGCGGGUGCUGGGUGUCCCCCUGCACUGGGGCUGCAGGAGAUGAUCCCGCUGCCUCCUCGGGCCUGAGGGAGAGCUGAACGUGAGCUGUGGGCUGGUGUCCUCUCUUUCCCUGGGUCCUGCUGUGGGAGCAGAAAGUGAAGCAGUUUUGGGGUCUGAGGGCCCCAGAACAGCCAGCUGUGGGGUAUGGGGACAUCCCUGCUCCCAGGAGAAAUCCCCCCCAGACUUUUCUCUAGAGGUAACCCAGGCCUCUCCCAGCCCACUCACCUUUUGUUUCUGAUUCUGGCGCUGCAUCUUCUUCAGCCUCGAGUUAAACCCUCCUUGGUCUGUCAAACAGACAUGACGCCGUUAAAAGCCCCUCUGGAGCAGGUGAGGUUCGGGGCCUGUGGCCGCUGUGGGCCGUGUCCCUGAGGCGCCGCGGGCUCUGCGCUCUCUGGGGUCUGCUCGCACACCGGGGCUCCGAGGAGCCGGCUCCCCACACCGAGCUCGGCCUCGGCUGUUCCCAGGCGCUCCUGCUGGUCCCGAGGGAGCCUUGUGCCAGCCCCAGGGGGCUGUGGGGGGAAGGCAGGAGGCAGGCAGGGGUUAAAUAUUCUGAAUUUGCAGUAGGCAGCCAGCUUUCCCAUAUAAGAGCACCGCACUCAUUGGCUCUCCCCUUCACUGAGAAAUCGAGCCAGUCAUUUCCUGUGCGAGCCCCGGUUCGCUCUGCAGAGAGCCGCACGGUUGAGUGAAUCACGGGGUUCUGGGGUUGCUCCUUCUCCCCGGCAGCUCGGAUUCUCCCGUGGAGCAGCCAGGAGCUCCACGCCGCGCCGCCGAGGUGAGCGUGGGCUCCUCCGCACGGCUCCGCGCCCGCGGGCGUCAAUAAUCUGGGGGCUGCCUUCAUGCCGAUUCACACCUCUCGCUGCUUGACUCGGUUUCUGCCGGGAGCUUCCUUCCCCUCUGAAGGAUCCUUUGGGGCUCCUUGUCACAUCAGUCCUGGGGUGGAGCUCGCAGCAACUCCUGGACCGUUCUACUCUCGCUUUUAACCCAGACGCUCUGCCUGUGCAAGGCGGACAGUGAGUAACUCUCCCGAGCGCUGUGGAGAGAUGGAAACCGCAGCUGAGAAAUGAUUUUGGGAAGAGGAAGACAGAAAAGCGCAAGCAAACUGUUAUGGCAGCGCAAAUAUCCUUCUAAAGGAUUCGGCAAAUGUACCAGCUAUGGAGUCCGGCUGUAGCCCCAGCAAGGGAGAUUUCUCUCCAGAGGAAACCUGUUAACCGUUUGGAGGGAGUGCCUGGGAAUGAGAAGGAGCUGUUAACCAAAGCUCUGCUGCAGGUUUAGUGCCCCAACAGGGAACAUCUUUGUCGAUCUGCAGCACCACCUCUCCUGGCAAUGGAUAAGUUCACGAACGGGCAGCCAGGCCCAGCUCAGAGGAACAGGCUCAUAGGAUUACUAGAAACAGAUGACAGCAUCCAGGAAGAUAAACCUGCCCCGAGUAAAAAGGAAGAAAGGUCAGGACAUGGAAGGAAAGGAGAGCCACAACCCUUGGAGACACCUUAUCAGAAGGAGAGCAGUGACUUUGCCCCUAAAAUCAAGAUUAAUCUGAACUAUCGGCCAGGGCUCGUCAGCAACCAGAAGGACCCGAAUCGCUUUGACAGGGACCGGCUGUUCAGCGCCGUGGUCAGGGGCAGCCCCGAGGCGCUGGAGGGUUUGCUGGAGUACUUAAGGAGGAACUCCAAAUUCCUCACCAACUCCGAGUACACAGAUGCAAAGACUGGGAAGACCUGCUUAAUGAAAGCCCUGCUGAACUUAAAAAAUGGCAAGAAUGACACAAUCCCAGUGCUGCUGGAAAUAGACCAAAAGACACAGAACCCCAGGCCACUUGUCAACGUGUCGUGCUCUGACUGUUUCUACGGAGGCCAGACCGCCCUGCACAUUGCCAUCGAGAAAAGGAGCCUUGAUAUGGUGAAGCUGCUGGUGGAGAACGGAGCUGAUGUCCAUGCCAGAGCCCAUGGUGAAUUCUUCAGGAAGAAGAAAGAAGGAGUUUACUUUUAUUUUGGUGAACUCCCCCUCUCCUUGGCUGCCUGUACCAACCAGCUGGACGUGGUGGAUUACCUUCUGAACAACCCCCACCAGAAAGCCAGGCUGCAGGAGCAGGACACCCAGGGCAACACCGUGCUGCACGCCCUGGUGAUGAUUGCGGAUGACACCGAGGAGAACACCAAGUUUGUGAGCACAACCUACGUGGAGCUCCUGAAGGCGGGCGUGAAGCUCGACCCGACAUGCAAACUGGAGGAGAUCGUGAAUUACGAUGGGUUGAACCCCCUGCAGCUUGCUGCCAAGACAGGCAAAGUGGAGAUCUUCAGGCACAUCAUCCAGAGGGAGAUCAAGGACCCCGUGUACCGGCACCUGUCCCGCAAGUUCACCGAGUGGACCUACGGCCCCAUCCACGUGUCCCUCUACGACCUGUCCUCGCUGGACAGCUUCGAGGAGAACUCUGUGCUGGAGAUCCUGGCCUACAGCAGUGACACCCCGAACCGGUACAAGAUGGUGGUUUUGGAGCCACUGAACAAACUGCUGCAGCAAAAAUGGGAAACGUUCGCUUCCAAGAGAUUCUACUUCAGCUUUGUCUCCUACUUGUCAUUCAUGAUCAUCUUCACAGCCAUUGCAUACUAUCAGCCCUUAAGGGUAAAGCCUUCCUUUCCAGUGGAGUUCACAGCUGGAGGCUUUCUGUGGGUCUCUGGACUGAUCAUUAUCCUGUUAGGAGGCAUUUACCUGAUCUUUGCUCAGAGCCUGUACCUGCGGAGGAGACGCCAGUCCCUGAAGACCAUGUGCUCUGACAGCUGCAUCGAGAUCCUCAUCUUCAUCCAGGCGUUCUCCCUGCUGCUCUCAGCAGUCCUGUACGGAGCCAGCUCGGAGAACUACGUGGCGGUGAUGGUUUUCUCCCUGCUCCUGGGGUGGGUGAACACCCUGUACUACACCCGCGGCUUCCAGCGCACCGGCAUCUACAGCGUCAUGAUCCAGAAGACCAUCAUGAGAGACCUGCUGCGUUUCCUCUUGGUUUAUAUGAUCUUCCUGUUCGGCUUUGCUGCAGGUGAGCCCUCCCUGAGCCCCGCGUGGGCUGAGCGCACAGAGCUCUUUCCUGAGCUCUCAAACCGUGUUUUGCCCCCAGCUCUGGUGACGUUGAUGGGCGAUGCCCCCUCGGUGUCUCAGAACAAGUCCCUGGCUCAGCUGGAGAGCGCCGGGAGCCACGCCAUGUACGGGGGGCUGCUCAGCGUCUCCCUGGAGCUCUUCAAGAUCACCAUCGGCAUGGGAGACCUGGAUUUCCAGGAGCACGCCAGGUUCAGAUACUUUGUCAUGCUGCUGCUGCUGCUGUUCGUGAUCCUCACCUACAUCCUGCUGCUGAACAUGCUGAUCGCCCUCAUGAGCGAGACCGUCACGGAUAUUUCUGGCUACAGCAAGAGCGUCUGGAAGCUGCAGAGGGCGAUCGCUAUCCUAGAAAUAGAGAAGGCCUGGCUGUGGCGCCAGGGUGGGAAGAGGAGAUCUGGCUGCUUCAUGUCAGUGGGGCUCAAUAAGAAAGAUGAGAGGUGGUGUUUCAGAGUAGAGGAAAUUAAAUGGACAGACUGGGCAAAGGAUGUGGGAGUUCUGAAGGAAGAACCUGGAAACACCAGUGCUUCAGAAAUAAAUCCAGAAGACACCAGGUCCUGGAAACGGCCAGCACAGACCCCUCCCCGAGCAGCUGCUGCAGAGGAGCAGUCCCUGCUGCAGCCCCAGCCAGGAGCCACAGAGAUGGUGCCUCUGCAGAGACAAACCAGAGGCCUUUGACAGCUUUGGUGGGCUGCAGCCUUGCCUCCACCUUCAGAGGAGUUGUCCCCGCAGCAGCUGCAAGAACUGAAAGCGCUGUCAGUGGCAAAGUGCACUUCCUGGAGGACUGUGGUUCAGCCUGUGGCUCUCAGCAUUGUCAU